AUGAUUAGCGGGCCGGAGAAGGAGGACACCGUGGUGGCGGAGAUGAUUAGCGGGCCGGAGAAGGAGGACACCGUGACAUCGGCGCCGCCUCUCGGCACCUUUCUCGCCGUCCCUCCUUCGCCCAAUGGCAUCCGGGGAUUACACGUCCUCGCGGGGGGCAGGGGGGCAGGGCGGUGGCGGCAAAGGCUGGCGCGGGCGAGCCGCGCGGUGGAUAAGCAAUCCUUCCCCUUGGAGAUACCAUCAUAUCCAAGACUGUGGGCUGGUGCAUACUCCUACUCUGAGCGAGAUACUAAGGCUGAUGCUCUUGAAAUCGCACAGCAUGCAGAAAGAAGGGGAGUAAACGUGUUGGCUGAGAUUGAUGUGCCCGGCCAUGCUCUCUCAUGGGGUGUGGGCUAUCCUGAUUUGUGGCCCUCAGCUGAAUGCCAAGAACCACUUGAUGUCAGUAAAGAGUUCACAUUCAAAGUAAUUGAAGGAAUUCUUUCUGAUUUCACUAAGGUUUUCAAGUUCAGGUUUGUCCAUUUGGGGGGGGGUGAUGAAGUUAACACAAGUAAGCUCAUACAUUUCCUGUUAAGUGUAAUAGCACCUCAUUUGUUUAUGCCUCAACAUGUUCUUUUUAGUCAUCAUGGUCAGUGGUGGGCAAACUUGAAACUUCUAGAGACAACGGAAACUAUCAAAUACUACUUCACUGAUUUAACUUUCUUUUUGGGUCAUUUCUUGACAUUUGAUCUUUACAAAGUCACUUUUCAUGUUUUCCUUUCGGACUUUGUUUUUCUACCAUUCAUGUUUCAUUUGAUGUCUCAUACAAAUAGCAAAAGAUGGCUUUAAGAAACAAUUGUUUUAGAAGUUUAGAUACUUCAAAUCAAAAGGUUUUGUUUUAAUUUUGGUUACUGGACCGAGACAUAUCGAGUCUCAAAAAAAGAUCUGAAGAAAAAAAAAGAAAAAAGGUUAGUGUCAUCCUAUGCCAGCUAUAUUGGGUGGUACAAGCCAUGUACCACACAUACCAUCCGGUUUACUCUGGUCCACGUACUAGUAGGUUAUGGAAUUGGUAAAUACCGCUCAUACCAAGCCACACCAGGUGAUAUUUUUAACUUUAAUUUAAUUUAAUAUUUUGAAGUAUGCAAGUGUUUCUUUUUUUUUUUUGCAUAAUAUACCGCUUUUGUUGUGGA